UUCUCUGCACAUGGCUACAGCAGCCCCCAGCCCCAAUUCCCCUCUCCGGCCAGAGGACCUCCUGACCGAUUCAUCAGAGCCUCCUGGGUUGAACCAGGUGUCCUCGGAGGUGACCUCGCAGCUGUAUACUUCUUUGCAUCUCAGCCGGCAAGCGGAGGCCACAGCCCGAGCCCAGCUGUAUUUAGCUUCCACCUCCUCACCUCCUAAUGAGGGCAUAGACAGCUUGGCUCAAGAACUGAGUCGCAGCUUGUCAGUUGGAUUGGAAAACAACUUGAAGAAAAAGGAUGGGUCUAAGCAUAUCUUUGAGAUGGAAAGCGUUCGGGGCCAGCUCCAGACCAUGCUCCAUACCUCACGUGAUAUGGCCUAUCGAACUGGCUCAGAGAGACGGGAAGAGGACUCCUUUGACAGUGACAGCACUGCUACCUUGCUCAACACCCGGCCUCUGCAAGACCUGUCUCCAUCGAGCUCAGCCCAGGCACUGGAAGAGUUGUUUCCCCGAUAUACCAGCCUUCGACCAGGGCCCCCCACCAACCCCCCAGAUUGUCAGGGGCUGAGGGAUGCACUGGACUCAGAGCUUACACGCCGAAAGCAUUGCGAGCGCCACAUUCAGAGCCUACAGACUCGAGUGCUAGAGUUACAACAACAGCUAGCUGUGGCCGUGGCUGCUGACCACAAGAAAGAUCUCAUGAUUGAACAGCUAGACAAGACUCUGGCUCGAGUGGUAGAGGGCUGGAAUCGGCAUGAGGCUGAGCGGACAGAGGUGCUGAGGGGACUUCAGGAGGAGCGCCAGGCAGCAGAACUCACCAGAAGCAAGCAGCAGGAGACAGUAACCCGCCUGGAACAAAGCCUUUCUGAGGCCAUGGAAGCCCUGAAUCGUGAGCAGGAGAGUACCAGGCUACAGCAGAGGGAAAGAGAGGCACUGGAAGAAGAACGGCAAGCCCUGGCCAUGAGGUUGGAGGUGGAGCAGCAGCAGUGCCAGGCCCUCCAGCAAGAGCGGGAUGAGGCCAAGGCUGGGCAGCUCAGUGAGCACAGGAGGCUGGAGGCCCUUCAAGUGGCUCUGCAAGAGGAGAGGCAGGCCUGGGUCAAGCAGGAACAGCAGCUGAAGGAACGCCUUCAGGCGCUGCAGGAGGAGGGCCAGGCUCAGCUGGAAAGAGAGAAGGGGACCAGCCAGAGGGAGGCACAGGCAGCCCGGGAGGCCCAGCAGCAGUUGGCACUGCUGCAGUCUGAGGUGCGGCGGCUGGAAGGGGACCUGGACACGGUGCGGAGAGAGAGAGACGCACUGCAGCUGGAGAUGAGCUUGGUCCAGGCCAGAUAUGAGAGUCAGCGGAUCCAGAUGGAGUCAGAGCUGGCUGUGCAGCUGGAGCAGCGGGUGACCGAGCGGCUGGCGGAGGUUCAAGAGAACAGCCUGCGGCAGGCCGCCUCCCUCAGGGACCAUCACAGGAAGCAGCUACAGGAACUCAGUGGACAGCACCAACAGGAGUUGGCUGCCCAGCUGGCUCAGUUCAAGGUGGAAAUGGCUGAACGAGAGGAGCGCCAGCAGCAGGUUGCUCAGGACUAUGAGCUCAGGCUGGCAAGGGAGCAAGCUCGUGUGCGUGACCUGAAGAGCGGCAACCAGCAGCUGGAGGAGCAGCGGGUGGAGCUGGUAGAGCGGCUCCAAGCCAUGCUGCAGGCCCACUGGGAUGAGGCCAACCAGCUGCUCAGUACCACACUUCUGCCUCCCAACCCUCAGGCCCCUCUUGCUGAGCCCUCCAGCCCAGGGCCUCUGGAGCCAGAGAAGGGGGAGAGGAGGAUCUGGGCCAUGCCUCCCAUGGCUGUGGCCCUGAAACCUGUGCUGCAGCAAGGCCGAGAAGGGAGGGCUGAUCUGCCGGGAGCUCCCUCUGUUCUCUGUAGCACCUCACCAGAUCUGAGCCUCCUGCUGGGACCCUCUUUCCAGAGCCAGAACUCCUUUCAGCCCCUGGAACCCAAGCCUGAUGUGGCUCCACCUGCAGGAAUGCGGGCGUUUGGUUCCUGGGUGUCUCUUCCCAGUCGUUGAGUAAUGGGAGGAGUACAUGGAAGUACACGGAUGUGCAGGGAGCCGGAGCCGGAGGCAGGGGUGCUGUCAGAACGGUGGUGGCGCUUCUCCUGGGUGGACUCUUCCUCGCCGUGACUACACCCCUGCUUCUUUCUGCACGAGUCUACCACUCUACUCUCUCACUGUCCACCCUGUGGUUCUCACUCCUUAUCACCUUAGCUUACGAUGGACUCGACCAGUCAGGAUGCUUGAGUCUAGUCCAGACUCUCCGAUGGCACUUCUCACUGGAUGGGCUGGCGUUAAUGGGUGGCCACCCAUGGUUUAGGGUUUUUGUAUUCAAACACUGAUGUACUGUGACUUAAGAAUGAAAAGGCUUCUGAUGUUUGUAGCUUAGUUGUAAACACACUGCUUGCCUAGGACGUGUGAACCCCCAGCAUUCAGAAAGGACUUGGUAGCAUAUGCCAGCACUCAGUGAGUAGAAACAGAAAGGUCAGAAGUUAAAGAUCAUCCUCAGCUACAUCGCGAGGUGGUUUUUAAAUUAUUAUUAUUUAAAUUAUUAUUCUAUGAGCGUUUUGCCUGCAUGUAGAUAUGUGCCCCUUUCUAGCACCUACAUAGUAAGUUUGAGGCCAGCCUGGGAUGGAUGCAUGAACCCUGAUGGAAAGAGAAAGAGUAGAGCCGUGGGUAGGGCUCAUGCCUGUGAUACCAGCACUUGGAAGGUGGAGGCAGGAGGAUAAAGAGUUGAAGGCUGUGGCUGGAGCUGUAAUUCUGGCAGAAUGCUUGCCUCUCCCACAUGAGGUGCUGGGUACAGUCCCGAGUUCACCAAGAGAGGGAAGUGUUGGCCUGGCCGGAGAGAAGGCUCAGGGAGUGGGAGCACUUGCUGCAGAAGCAGCGGGGCUGAGUUCAGACCUUAGCGCCCAUGGAAAAGCCGGUGUGACCUUCACUGAUAACCUCCGCCUUGGGCCUGUGAGAGCUGUUCUUGGUUAUCAGCCUGACUACAUCUGGAAUGAACGACAAUCCAGAAAUGGGGGGCACACCUGUGAGAGAGUUUCUACUUGAAGUGGGUGGAUCCACUUCUAGCCCUGAUCUUUGAGGUAGGAAGAGAGUGCCCUAGCUUGAGCAUCUGAGAUCUCAAAACCAUCCUCUAACAAAGCCAGACAAUCCAACGUGGCCACACCUUCUAAUGGGGCCACUCCCUAUGGACCUUCAGGGGCUGUUUGCAUUCAAACCACUACAGAGUUGGAGAGACUGGGAUCACUUGGGCAUGUGUGCCUAGCUCCAGGCAGUAAGAUUCUGUCUCAAGGGAGUAAAGCAGACCAGCAUCCUUCUGGUGCUUUGUGCAC